GUGCUUGUUUGAUUGAUUUUUACUUUUUUUCUUUCUGGCAAGAAAAAAUAUAUCGCUAUCUCUGCCCCCUUCUUCGCUCCUACCAACAUCAAAAUGCUGUCCUACUUACUCGGCUGUUUCACGUGCAGGAAAAAAGAAGAGCAGAAAUGGAAGGAGAUUGAGGAAGCAGCAGAACACCUCGACCAAAUGCCAUCAUGGGACUCCGCCGACAAUACCCUCAUGAUGCAAGCCUUCGAAUGGCACGUCCCCGAUGACCAAGCCCACUGGCGCCGUCUGCACAACCUCCUACCAAGUCUUAAGGAAAUCGGGGUAGAUAAUAUCUGGAUUCCUCCCGGGUGCAAAGCCAUGAGUCCGUCUGGUAAUGGUUACGACAUUUAUGAUUUGUAUGACUUGGGAGAAUUCGACCAGAAGGGAUCAAGGCCGACGAAAUGGGGGACCAAAGAGGAGCUUUUGGAUCUGUUAUGGUUGGCUCAGGAUUUGGGGGUUGGAGUUUAUUGGGAUGCUGUAUUAAAUCACAAGGCUGCAGCGGAUUAUACAGAGCGGUUUCCUGCGGUUAGAGUUGAUCCUAAGGAACGCAAUACCGACAUCUCACAACCAGAAGAAGUCGAAGGCUGGGUAGGCUUCAACUUCUCCGGCCGCGGCGAAACAUACAGCUCCAUGAAAUACCACUGGUACCAUUUCAGCGGCAUCGACUGGGACGACUCCCGAAAAACAAAUGCCAUCUACAAAAUCGUCGGUCCAGAUAAAGGCUGGGCGCAAGAUGUCAGCGACGAGAACGGUAAUUACGACUUUUUAAUGUUUGGUGACCUGGACUAUUCCAACGCAGAAGUCCGAGAUGAUGUCCUCAGAUGGGGCGAGUGGAUCGGGACAGAGCUUCCUCUUAGUGGUAUGAGGUUGGAUGCUGUUAAGCAUUAUUCUGCUGCUUUCCAGAGGGAGUUUAUCGAUCAUAUUCGGAGUACUGUUGGGCCUGAGUGGUUUAUUAUUGGGGAGUAUUGGAAGGGUGAGGUGGAUGUGCUGCUUGAGUACCUGGAGGAGAUGAGAUAUCGACUUUCGUUGUUCGAUGCGCCGCUGGUUGGCCGGUUUUCGAGUAUUUCGCGUACGAAGGGCGGUGAUCUGAGGACAGUGCUUGAUGGUACGCUUGUACAAAGCAAGCCGGACCAUGCAGUGACCUUUGUCACGAACCACGACACACAACCAGGACAAUCCCUAGAGGCCCCAGUAUCAUCCUUCUUCAAACCCCUCGCCUACGCCCUAAUUCUCCUCCGAAGCCAAGGCCAACCAUGCAUCUUCUACGGCGACCUCUACGGCAUGAAAGAACACGUCGAAUCCCCCCUAACCCCGGCCUGCAACGGCAAACUCCCCGUCCUCACCAAAGCCCGCAAACUCUACGCCUAUGGCGAGCAACGAGACUACUUUGAUAGCCAAAACUGCAUAGGCUUCGUCCGCUACGGCAACCUCCACCACCCCUCCGGCCUCGCCUGCGUCAUGAGCAACACCGAAGCCUUCGAGAAACGCAUGUACGUUGGCCGGAACCAUGCCGGCGAGGUAUGGUCUGAUAUCCUGGAGUGGUUCCCGGGGACUGUGACUAUUGAUAGGCAUGGGUAUGGGGAUUUCCCAGUGGCUGGGAUGAAUGUUAGUGUGUGGGUGAAUGUGGAGGCAGAGGGGAGGGAGGGGUUGAAUGCGUGUUUUGAUGCGGAUAUCUAUGGACAGUCGAAGAUGGAAUGAUGGAACCAUGGAUUGGCGUUUCGAGAAGGGCGGGAUAUUAUUCCUUGGGGUUGUACCGUGGGCAUGGUUACUGGUCUAGAUGACAGCAUUAUGACCGAGGUAUAGACACGGAGGAGAGCUUAUAUUGAGGAUUGCAUGUCUAUAUUCGGGCCACUUUAUUGUAUAAUGUCUAUCUAGGACGAAAACGGUCAUGCAUAGUAUACACACAUCUUCUGACUGCAACAUCUCUCCAGAUAAUCGGGCACGAUAUAAGGAGGCGUACACACAACUAGGUCAGCGUGAUAUCAUCCCAUAUGCCCUAUUUGCCAUACGUCCCCUUGGUAUAUAAGGUGCUACUUUCCCUUGCCACCAUGAUUAGAUUGGUACUCCA